AUGAUAUCCCAAAUGUAUUUUAUACCAAAAAAGAAAGUGCGUCAAAAAUGGGAUUUAUUUGUACUAAAUGUGAUUCCAUUACGUGGAAGUUCAAUUGACAUUCAUCCAAAUGCUCGAUGGCAACAGAAUGGUCUCACUAUUGCUGGAGAAAAUGGAGAAGAAAAUGGAAUCAAUCAACUCUCAUACCCAUUGGGUUUGUAUGUUGAUGAAGAUGAAACAAUAUAUGUUGCUGAUCAAUACAAUCACCGUAUUGUGGAAUGGAAAUGGGGUGCGACGAGUGGCCAAGUAGUUGCCGGUGGAAAUGGACAAGGAAGUGAGGCUGAUCAAUUGAAUAAACCACAAGAUGUGAUUGUCGACAAAGAGAGAGAUUGUCUAAUGAUCUCCGAUACUUUGAAUGGAAGAGUGGUUCGAUGGCCUCGUCGAAAUGGGACAAGUGGAGAAACAAUCAUCUCCAACAUCGUUUGUGUGGGUUUGACAAUAGACGAGAAUGGAUCUCUCUAUGUCGUUGACAAUGGAAACCAUGAAGUGAGACGAUAUCGAAGAGGAGAAUCUCAAGGAACAGUGGUUGCAGGUGGCAAUGGAAGUGGAAAUCGUCUCGAUCAACUCUCUUACCCACGAUACGUAUUCGUCGAUCGAGAUCAUUCAGUCUACGUGUCUGAUUGGAACAAUCAUCGUGUGAUGAAAUGGUUGGAAGGUGCAAAACAAGGCAUUGUCGUGGCUGGUGAUCAAGGAAAAGGAAAUGGUCUUACACAAUUGUCAUAUCCUCGAGGAGUCGUUGUCGAUCAAUUGGGCACUGUCUAUGUGGCUGAUGCAGGGAAUGAUCGAAUCAUGCGUUGGCCCAAUGGAGCCAAACAGGGAAGUGUUAUUGUUGGUGGAAACAGUGGAGGAGGACAAUCGAACCAACUCAAUGGGCCCAUCGGUUUAUCAUUCGAUCGACACGGCAAUCUCUAUGUCGUCGAUAACAGAAAUCAUCGAGUACAAAAAUUCAAUAUCGAAUCCAAUAAAUAA